CUUAAACAGUGAAACUUUAAAUGGGAGAACAAUAAUCGAAAAAAGAUUCAACACAAAUCUUAAAAUCAAAAACUUAUUUAAACGCAAGUUUGGUACAAAGACUUACUAAAUGCGAAAUGUUCUAUUUUUGCCUCCAACUUCAUAACAUAUGGAAGACUUUAAGAAGUGGAAAUGAUAUUUUUUCUUCUCUUUCUUGUCCCGAGUGCCUGGGGGGAUCAGAAUGUUCUGGGCUGUGGAGGAUUUAUCAAAGCAUCAAAAUCUAUAGAUUUCUCUAAAAUAAAUGUCCAGUUGUUAACAAAGCAGGGAGGUCUGAAGUAUGAGACCGACUGUGCCCCAAACAAUGGUUACUAUUUUAUCCCUGUUUAUGAGAAAGGAGACUAUAUAUUGAAGGUUUCUCCUCCCCUUGGAUGGAAGUUUACCCCUGAGGAAGUCAGCGUCACAAUAGACGGAGAGACUGAUGAUUGUAGUCUCAACAAGGAUAUCAACUUUGUGUUUGCUGGAUUUGGUGUUGUUGGACGUGUUGUAGCUGACGGGGCAGACAAGGGUCCUGAGGGUGUUGAUAUUGAGCUUAUUACCGGAGAGGAGAAAGCUGUUGUUCAGAAAACUGUGACAGUAAAGGAUGGAAAGUAUGUUUUUACUGCGGUAGCUGGUGCCGACCACAAGGUUCGAGCACAUCAUCCCACCUGGCAGUUUGAGAAAUCAGUCGGAUCUGUUAUUAUCACAGGAGAUAAUGCGGCAGCGGAAGAUCUUAUUGUUGCCGGGUUUGAUGUGAGUGGAAAGGUAUUGGCUGGGGAGAAACCUAUGGCUGGAGUAGAAAUUGUUCUGUUUGGAAACAAAGCGUUGAAGAAAUGCGCGGAUAAUUCCAAAUCUGAAAUUAUCGGUCCAGCUGGGAGCAUACAGUUGUGUAAAACCAGCACAAACAGUUUAGGAGAGUUUGUAUUCCCUGUAGUACCUGGAGGAAAAUAUUUCCUUUUACCCUUUCACAAGGGUCAACACACUCAGUUUGAAGUAAGCCCCAAGCAGGUUGAGAUAACAGUGGAUCUUGGAUCCGUGAAACUAAAAGAUCCCUUUAUAGUUGAAGGAUUCUCAGUUAAAGGAAAAGUUCUUUCUGGUCCACAUGGGAAUAAACUUGCAAACACUGUUGUAACCGUAUCAGGCCUCAAAACACACACCACUACAACUGACAAAAAUGGUGAAUACUUCAUUGAGAAAAUAGAAAGUGGGACGUACACAGUAUCCGCAAAAUUUGAUGGCAUUCAAUUCUCUGACCUAACAGCUGAAAUAUCUCCGAGUAAUCCCAUUCUACCAGAUUUAGUUGCUGAGAAGUAUCUUGUUUCUGGACAGUUGGACUUCUCCACCGUUUCUCCGGACUCGUCCAGAAAGGUGAAAUUAAGUUCAACUGGGAAGCCGGAUAUGUUAAUAUCUGUGGAAACUGGUGGACUAUUCUCAAUCUUUCUUCCUUCCGGUGCAUUUUCCGUGUCUGUUGUACCCUCCAGUGUGGACACCAAGAUGGGAAUAGUGUUUGCUCCCCUUGCCCUGGAUAUCAUUGUCAAAUCUGAACCUAUUGGAAAACUUUACUUUUCACCAGUUCGGGUAACCAUUUCGGGGUCUGUUAGAUGUACAGCCGAAUGUCCAUUCCUGACAAUACAGUUAACCCCCGAAGGUCCGGGAGAAGUAUCUAAACAAACUGUUGAAAAGGGAAAGUUUAGUUUCCAAAAUCAACUUCCCGGAAAAUACAGUAUCGCUGUGGAGGAGGCAGGACUGUGUUGGGAGAAGCCCUCUAUUGCAUUCAACAUUGAGUCUGAGUCGAAAGAGGAUUUGGAUUUUGUCCAGACAGGUUGGGGGAUGGAGAUACACUCAUCUCAUGAAACAAUUCUCAAAUUUAAGUCAAAGGAUGAAAAAAUAACAGGAUCUCUUGAUAUACCUGUUGGUCCUUCAAGUCAUUGUCUCCCAGCUAAUAUAGAAUUUAUCUUCCAGUCCUCAGGUUGCCAUCAGUUCCAGGGAGAGAAUAAAGGAUUUAUUCGAACUCCAAGCGACAAGUUUUCUCUGAGAGCUGAAAAACAUCUUGUGUCAGGACGAGUAAGCUCUGUGGAGACUAUUCCAGAUCUUCAAAUAAUUGUUCAUACAACUACAGAGGUUAAAACUAUGGCGCUUACCCAGCCUGAAAACAAGGAUGGACUUCAUAGCUAUAGGUUUAGUUACUUGUCCAACCCUCACGAGGAGAUAACUUUAGAACCAGGAGCAGCCAAGUUCUUGUUUAGUCCUACUAAACAAUAUAUUUCGAUUGAAGACGACUGUUUGUUAGAUUCUGCGAUAUUUACAGCAACCCAGGGAUUGUUUAUCUCCGGAUCUAUCCGUCCUAUCCUAGAGGACGCAAGCAUUGUACUAAGUUCUCCGAACCUUCCUCAACCUGUCUCAACCACAACUAACAGCAAGGGAGAAUACUCUCUUGGGCCAUUCCCUCGGGAUAUAGAGUUUAGUGUACAGGCUGAAAAAGUGGGAUAUAUACUCACUCAAACAGACAAGAAAGGGCACUUUUCUGCUAAAAAGUUGGCGUCAGUCGUUGUUAAUGUAAUGGACUCCAAGGGUGAAAAACUGGCUGAAGCAGUUGUCAGCUUGUCUGGGGGUGAAGAUAACUUCAGGACCAACCAGCAGACAGGUAGCAACGGUACCUUAAGCUUCCUCGCUCUCUCUCCUGGAGAAUACUUCAUCAAACCUAUGCUCAAGGAAUACGAGUUCAAUCCCAAGAGUAAACUUAUCACAGUGAAAGAAGGAACGGAAGAAGUUGUUGAAAUAGUUGCUACAAGAGUAGCAUAUUCUGCUACAGGGGUACUCACUGGGCUUAAAGGCGACCCUGAACCAGGGGUAACUAUUGAAGCUGUUGGGGUAGAAGAGGUUUGCCAAGGACAUCAAGAAGAAGCAGUGUCUGGACAAGAUGGAAAAUUCAGGAUUCGUGGAUUGGUACCCAACUGCUCCUACAGGAUGGGUCUUAAAUCCUGCAAAUCAAACUCACAUGUUGAGAGAACUAUCCCAGCUAUGAAGGCGAUUAAGGUGGAGGAAGGUGAUGUAUCUGGGGUUGAAUUAAUCGCACUAAGACCGAGGACCACCAUGGAUGUCAGUCUUGAUUGAUUGAUGAUUGUUCAGGUGGAGGAAGGUGAUGUAUCUGGGGUUGAAUUAAUCGCACUAAGACCGAGGACCACCAUGGAUGUCAGUCUACUUGUUAAGGUGAAGAAGGACAACAUCAAGAACGUGAAGGCUAAGCUCUACUGCUCUAACUCCGACUCUCCCCUGCACACUGUGAAGUUGGACACCAUCAAGUUUGUUAUAUUCCCGUCUAUACCUGCUGAUGGGUCAACUUGCUCCAUUCAUGUUGAGGCGAAUUCUAUACAUGUGAACCAACGAGUUAAGGGGCAGAAAAUACAGUUUGUAGCAGACAAACCCUUCGAUCAUUACACUGUAGAUUUGGAUGUUGAGAGUAACUUAGCCAGAGGUGAGAUGGGUCAAUCAAGUUGGGCGACCCUUCCUCUUCUUGUUCUCCUGGUGACAGCUGUUCUUCAUUGGGAGAAGGUUAGUCCAUAUAUGGCUAGCCUUGGAGAACAGGUUGAGAGGACAGUCAUGAACCGGAGGCCAAGACCAACCCACCAGAGGUCAGAGGAAGCCGAGAUGUCCAAGGAGGAUAUAGACAAGGCUGUUAAGUUUGUGGAGGCCAGUACUAGGAAGAAGAAACCUCGCAAGAUCUAAGCGAGGCCAUUUAUUAAAAUAUUGGUUCUUUCACGAAACUUAACACCCCAGGGGUGUAUAUUUCACGAAAUUGAACAUCCCAGGGGUGUAUAUUUCACGAAAUUGAACAUCCCAGGGGUGAAUAUUUCACGAAAUUGAACACCCCAGGGGUGUAUAAUUCACGAAAUUGAACACCCCAGGGGUGUAUAUUUCACGAAAUUGAACACCCCAGGGGUGUAUAUUUCACGAUAUUGAACACCCCAGGGGUGUAUAUUUCACGAAAUUGAACAUCCCAGGGGUAAAUAUUUCACGAAAUUGAACACCCCAGGGGUGUAUAUUUCACGAAAUUGAAUGAAUUUUCACAAAGGGGUGGGGCAAUGGCAAUAAAAAUUAUUUUCGGGAAAAUAUACACCCUGGAACAUCCUUGGUUUUAGUUAUACUCAGCAUUUCGAUCUCUUUAAUUGUUAUUGAAAUUAUUAUGCAAUUAAACCUGUUUUUCUUAAUAUCUUUUUAAAUCUUUUGUUAAAUCAAAUUCAAUAAAAUUAAUUAAUUUCA